UAUAAACAUCUAAGGUAGCAGCAGAGAGAACAAGGUUCAUUGAAAAUGCCACGAGCCUUCUUAGUUAAAAAUCGGCAUGGAAGACAAGAAAAUGAUGUCCUAUUUAAAUACCCGUCACCACUUGGCACCAAAUUGCUGUUUCCCUUAUAUGUAGCCGAACCUUUUCCUCGAAGUUCUGAACGCUCUACUGUUGACGAUAAACACAGUACCGAUACAUCAGAAAGUAGCCUCGCUCCAAAAGAGCACACUACUGCAGGUGAUGUGUUAAAAAUUACAAGUUGCGUAAAAAUAGAGAAUGACCACAAAGACAUGCCUUUGGAUUUGUCUGGUCACAGGUCUGAGCCGAUCCUGCCAGGGGAUCUCCCAUCUGCAUUCAAACCAGUUCAACGUCUUUUUAUUAGGCAUGAUUCCGAUGCAGUGGCGAGAUCACCAAUGAGGCAUGCACAUCACCUACGAGAAUUCUUUGAUUUGCCACCUCGAGACGUCAUCAAUAAAAGUCUACCACACAGCUCAACUGUUACUAGUCAUGAGCUAACGUUCAUCAGUAAAAAGAAAGUUUUAUCGUACGAAGAGAAGCUACCAGUUUUCUGCAAAAGUCCAAUGAAACAACGUAUCGAAGAUUAUGUACCACAGCUGCGACAAUACGUACCUUAUAAGAUACCAAUACCGCUCCCUUACGCCAUGAACCACAGUUCUGCGUUUAAAACUCAUUUAGAAUCAGAAAAACAUCUAUAUAAGUCAUAUAAUACUAUCCCUAUAGCCGAAAGAAUGUCUUCUAAUGAGACUCCUUUUCUGGUAUCCGACUCUGACAAUCAGAAUAUACCUAUUGUGUCGCCAAUUCCGGAACAUUCUAAACGGUUUGACAACCGUCUACCAAUGCCUAGCAUCGUUUCGCCAUCAGAGCUUGUAGGAGGGCAGCUUCACAAAGAGUUCUUAAAACAACAUUUAGUAUCAAUUCGUGGGUCAAUGUAUUUCGGCCACCAAGGACAUAAACGACAGGCGCGAGCCCCGGUACCCGGACUCGAGUACAUACAGAAUGGAAAUGAUACAAAAUUGAGAGACAUGAUAGAAAGUGAAUGCAAUGAAACUGGCUCCGAAGAAUCUGAAGGUUCAAUAAAGACUGAGUGCCAAGUGACACCACAAGAUGCCGAGGGAGCAGUUGUAGGAAACACCUUAACCGCUAAUGACGAAGAUGCUACCGACAACAAAACGCAACAGUUGAAGAAAUAUAUGUGUGAUGUUUGUGGAAAGGGGUUCAGCAGAAGUAAUACGCUGGUGACUCAUAAGCGCAUACACACUGGGGACAAACCCUUCAAAUGCGAAAUGUGUGGGCGCGCAUUUCGUCAACCUGGAAACUUAACUCGUCAUCGACUUACUCAUACAACAGUGAAACCUUACGUGUGUUCCCAAUGUGGAAAGGCAUUCAACCGUGCGUCUAAUCUGCAUACGCAUAUGCGCACUCAUACAAACUACAAGCCUUUUGUGUGUCAAUACUGCGGCAAAGGAUUCCAUCAAAAGAUCGACAUGAAAAUACACUCAUAUACCCAUACAGGUGAAAAACCACACAAGUGCAAAAGGUGUGGCAGAGGGUUUAAACAACUCACCCAUCUAACCUAUCACAUGAGGACGCACUCUGACGUCAAAAUGUACACUUGCGCAUACUGUGGCAAAGGCUUCAACCAAAAAGGAAACCUCCAGGCUCAUAUUUAUGGACAUACAGGGGAAAGACCUUAUAAAUGUGAGAUAUGUGGCAAAGGGUUCACCCUUGCCAGUACUCUGAAUACCCAUCGCCGCACUCAUGCUGAUCGAAAACCAUUUCUCUGCCAAUAUUGUGGAAAAGACUUCUAUCAAAAGAAUGCGUUAAAGGCUCACGUGGUGGCAUCUCAUCCAUUAACUGCUGGCUCCGAGUGCAAUUUGUGAAUGCUACCGAUUGCUUCCUAUGUAGGCCUAUUUAUUGAAGGAGAAUUAAAUUUUUCAAAACGCACGCAGAAGGAUAUCUAUUGUAUGCUUACAGCACUUUAUAUGUGUCAAAGUUACAUGUAUCCAACUCCUUAAACAACAAACUUUUUUUUUAUUUUGAUUUUUUGACGUUGCAUAUAAUCAUUUUUCAUUCUAAGGAAACCAAAGAGUUUGUUUAUCAAAUAGUUCUUUACAUGAAUAAAAAGGAAUGUUUUUAAUCGAUGUCUUGAACUUGAAUUCUCGUUAACUAAGCCUAGAUGUGUUUCUCCUAUGAAAACUACAAAUAAAACAGAUUAACUAGGAAGGAUUUAAAUAAUAGUUUUAGCAUUAACUGGAGUGCUAAGCCCGGUAACUAUAUUCUUUGUUCUAUGAAAUUGUUUGUUGACGUAUGAAUGUGCUAUUUCUAAAAUCGAACUGCUCAGUAUUAGCCUACGACAAAUGCUCAAAUAAGCACCACGGCGCUUAUACAAUUCUUGGAGGCUUCAGUGCGGCGCUUAUUCGAGAGCGGUGCUUAUUAAAAAACACAUUGGUGUGGCGCUUUUAUGUCCAUUCCCGGGUUACCUAUCUCACGUAUUCCCGUAGUUCAGUAAGCCUAUCAUUUUAGGUCCUACGUCAUCGUAAAUAAACGUUUACAAAGAAAUGUUUUUGUCUUCAUUGGGUUAUUUAUCCAUUUUAACACUGUAUACAUUGUAUUUAAAACCCUGUUUCUCAAAGUGUUACACACAGGGUAAUAUACUCUCAAUAAAGCGCUUAUUCGAGAUCGGCGCUUAGGUAAAAAAAAUCAAGUUUGGUGCGGCCCUAAUUCGAGAGCGACGCUUAGGCCUAUUCGAGCAUUUAUGGUAUGCUUGAUGUAUAACUGUUUUUAGUAAGCAUUUUAGGCCCAAUUACUAUAGUAGGCCGCUUAGAGUACAAUUUAAAAUUUAAACAGCAAAGCAAGACGUGUCUAUGUACAUUUAGAAUUAUUACACUACUUGCUGUACAACUCAUGCAUGUUUCUUUUCUGUAUAUACAUUUAUGCUUUGGAAAUCUAAUUACUUGUAUAUUUAUUAUUCGAAAAUAAAAACGAUAUAUAAUAUAAGCAUAAACUUAUCAUAAUAUGUUUAAGUGCAUUGUCAAUAAGUAAAUCAAUAACCAUUGAAGAAUAUAACAUGUUUAGUAUAGGAACAAUAACGUUAUGAUACGAAUGAAGAAAUAAUUUAGUCAAUUUUGCUUGGGCCUAAGUCAUGUACCACCGUCGAUCCUGUUACUACAGGCUAGGAGACUUGUUAUUGGCUGAAUUUGUAAAUGACAAAUAAAGCAGAAAUAGUAUUAUCA